GCAGAAUACGUUUCAAAAUGCUGCAGAUUUUCUGGGUGACCCAAGAGAUUACAUUUAAUGUGUUUGUUUCUUUCAUGAGAGAAAACGUUUUACGAAAAUGAAAAUUUGGAGAUCGGUGAAGGUAACCUUUUAACUAUGCCCUUACAUGCCAGCAAACUUGGAAAACUUCAGAGGAAGGAAUAGAUCCACCUAAACCUUGAUAUAAACAUUACUGUUUGCUCAGGACAUUGUCCACACCUUUUGGUCAAGGUUAAAAAGACAGCUUGGUGAAGAUGAACCUGCGUGUGUUAUUUUAGUCUCUGGAGUUAAGUCACUGAAGGAAUAUAUAUUUUUUUAAAGAGCUACUACUGCUUUUUUUAAUCUGGGAUUGACGUUUCUCAAAAGUAAUGAAAUGAAAGAUCCUUGUGCCCCUCUGAAGUGGGCAGUUGUGUGAUUUAAGCCUCGCCCAACAUUUGGAUGUGGUGCUAAAGGCAAGUCCGUGUUUUUUGGAUCAGCUGAUUGAAACUCUGGGAAGAGGACCUUUCAUUUAAAAUAACUUCCGGCUGAAAUACUGUUACUCAUCAGCCAGCGUAAAUGGAAUGAAAGGGAAAAUGAACGUGACUUACAGGUCAGAGGCCUUCAAGUGAACUAUAAAAAAGGGAACAUUAGACUCUUUAAUUUUACAGUUUAAACCAACAAACUGGUAGAAUAUUUUUCUUAAAAUUCGACUACUAGGCAAAUCUCUACAGAUUUAAAGCAAGUCAGAUGUCAGGAAACGACUCCUCUCCUCCAUCCUUACAGAAGUUUUCCCCACCUGCAUCUCAUGCUGCUGCACCACCAACGCCUUCUUUAUCUUCAAGUCCCCAGUCUGGACUCUCCGGCCGACUGUCCAAUGGCAGCCUCAGUACACAGAGUCUCACUAACUCCAGGGGCUCUAUGCAUGGGAUCUCAUUCCUGCUGCAGAUUGGUCUUACUCGAGAAACUGUCACCAUUGAAGCUCAGGACCUGUCCCUUUCUGCUGUCAAAGACCUUGUGUGUUCUAUAGUUUACCAGAAGUUUCCAGAGUGUGGUUUCUUUGGCAUGUAUGACAAAAUUCUGCUCUUUCGCCAUGACCUGAACUCGGAAAAUAUUUUGCAGCGGAUUACAUCAGCAGAAGAGAUACAUGAAGGAGACCUUGUUGAGGUAGUCCUCUCUGCUUUAGCUACAGUUGAAGAUUUCCAGAUUCGUCCUCAUGCGCUUUAUGUGCAUUCCUACAAGGCCCCUACUUUUUGUGACUAUUGUGGAGAAAUGCUUUGGGGCUUGGUACGACAAGGAUUAAAAUGUGAAGGCUGUGGAUUAAACUACCAUAAACGAUGUGCCUUCAAGAUCCCAAACAACUGUAGUGGAGUGAGAAAGAGGCGUUUGUCUAAUGUUUCUUUACCAAGCACUGGGCUUUCCGUUCCAAGACCAGCGCAAACUGAAUAUACAGCCUCUGCUACUGAAGAGCGCUGCUGCCCAGAACCCAGUAAAAGGAUUCCUUCUUGGAGUGGCCGUCCAAUAUGGAUGGAAAAGAUGGUGCUUUGCAGAGUGAAAGUUCCGCAUACCUUUGCUGUUCAUUCUUACACUCGUCCCACCAUAUGCCAGUACUGCAAACGCCUGCUCAAGGGCCUUUUUCGCCAAGGAAUGCAGUGUAAAGAUUGUAGAUUUAACUGUCACAAACGUUGUGCUUCUAAAGUACCUAGAGACUGUCUUGGAGAAGUGGUUUUCAAUGGAGAACCUGCAAGUCCUGGCCAAGAUUUGGAUAUGCCAAUGGAAGUUGACAGCAGUGAAAUGAACAGUGAUGGCAGUCGGGGUUUGGAUGAUGUAGAAGAACCCUCUCCCCCAGAGGACAAAAUGUUUUUUAUGGACCCAUCUGAUCUUGAUGUAGAUAAAGAUGAAGAAGCUGUCAAAACUAUCAGUCCAUCAACAAGCAACAAUAUUCCAUUAAUGAGGGUUGUACAGUCAAUCAAGCAUACAAAAAGGAAGAGCAGUACAAUGGUAAAGGAAGGAUGGAUGGUUCACUAUACCAGCAGAGACAACCUGCGAAAGAGACAUUACUGGAGACUGGACAGCAAAUGCCUCACGCUAUUUCAAAAUGAAUCUGGAACAAAGUAUUAUAAAAUCAGAGCUGAGGCAGAAAAGUUAAAUGAGUUGUCAAAGGAGAUUCCACUUUCAGAAAUUCUCCAGGUGAUUCAGCCUCGAGAUUUCUCAAACAUGGUGCAGGGCAGCAACCCACAUUGUUUUGAGAUCAUCACUGACACCAUGGUGUACUUUGUUGGCGAAAACAUUGGCAGCAGCCAUCACAGUCCUGUUCUUGCUGCCACCGGAGUUGGAUUUGACGUAGCUCAGGGCUGGGAGAAAGCCAUUCGUCAGGCCUUGAUGCCAGUCACUCCUCAAGCUAGCGUUUGCACUGCACCAGGACAAGGAAAAGAUCACAAGGAGUUAUCUCUCAGCAUCUCUGUUUCAAAUUGCCAGAUCCAAGAGAAUGUGGAUAUCAGCUCUGUGUACCAGAUCUUUGCUGAUGAGGUGCUGGGUUCUGGUCAGUUUGGCAUUGUAUAUGGAGGAAAACAUAGGAAGACUGGAAGAGAUGUGGCCAUUAAAGUCAUUGAUAAAAUGAGGUUCCCUACAAAACAGGAAAGUCAGCUUCGCAAUGAAGUGGCCAUUCUGCAGAAUUUGCACCACCCUGGGAUUGUAAACCUGGAAUGUAUGUUUGAAACCCCAGAACGAGUCUUUGUUGUGAUGGAAAAGCUGCAUGGAGAUAUGCUAGAGAUGAUUUUGUCCAGUGAGAAAAGUAGGCUUCCAGAACGAAUAACCAAAUUCAUGGUAACCCAGAUACUCGUUGCUUUGAGAAAUUUACACUUCAAAAAUAUUGUGCACUGUGAUUUAAAACCGGAAAAUGUACUACUAGCAUCAGCAGAGCCAUUCCCUCAAGUGAAGUUGUGUGACUUUGGCUUUGCACGCAUCAUAGGUGAAAAGUCUUUUAGGCGCUCUGUGGUGGGAACCCCUGCUUAUCUUGCCCCUGAAGUGCUCAGGAGUAAAGGUUACAAUCGCUCUCUGGAUAUGUGGUCAGUGGGAGUUAUCAUCUAUGUAAGCCUUAGUGGUACAUUCCCAUUUAACGAGGAUGAAGAUAUAAAUGAUCAAAUCCAAAAUGCAGCAUUUAUGUAUCCACCAAACCCUUGGAAGGAAAUUUCUAGCGAAGCCAUUGAUUUAAUCAACAAUCUUCUUCAAGUGAAGAUGAGGAAACGUUUCAGUGUUGACAAAUCUCUUAGUCACCCAUGGCUACAGGAUUAUCAGACUUGGCUUGACCUGAGAGAGUUUGAAACUCGUAUUGGAGAGCGUUACAUUACCCAUGAGAGUGAUGAUGCUCGCUGGAAAGAACAUGCUCAUGAGCACAACCUUGAAUACCCCCAACAUUUCAUUAUGGCUCCAAAUCCAGACGAUAUGGAAGAAGACCCUUAAUUUUCAUCAUGUUAACUGCAUUACAGAAAGGCACUCCAGGCAGAAACUGAUGCUGAUACUCCCCUGAACAGCUGUUACUCCUUUGGAUGAUGUUUGUUGAUUCAGUCCCCAAACCAUGAAGGAUCCUGCACUGGCAAGCAGCUAGAUGAAGUGAUCUGAAAAAUGUUUCUCCAUCUCUUAACUUCAACUAUGAAAUGUGAUCUGACAGUGGGAUAAGCCCAUAGCAAGUUAGGUAACAUUUCACUAGCUACAUGGUUACAAAGCCAUUGCUGAUGUGUUAUGCAUACAGACUGAAUGUGUGGUGUGCGUUUUCCACGUUUUUGUAGCCUACGCAAUAACAAUUUUUUAUUGUUUCCUACUCCCUUAUUUACUAAGCCAUAGAGUACUGUUUUCUGGUAUUUAGAUACAUCUCCCCUUUGCUAGGUUGUAAAUUGUGGCAAGAGGCUGUAAAAAGAACUCAAUAUUGUAUACCUUGACUAAAUCACAUCAAAAUAUGCUGAAUUAGAUUGUAUACUCUGACAGGUGAAAGAACAGUUUGUCACUGUUAGACUGGUUGCUUAUAGCCCUAUCAAAUUGAAAGACCUUUCUCCAGAUGUUGGAAGAAGAUAGCAAGACCUCAUUUUAUGUUCCUAAUGAAUGUUAACUGACAAUCUAAAGAAAAGACAAUCAGAAAUCUGAGUAAGUCCCUAAUGCUGUCCAUUUAAACCACGAUAGGAUGUACAUUAGUGUCCAAGAUUUGCACGUGCCUUGGAUAAAUACCAAUGGCAUUUUGCCUUAAUUUCCCAUAUAAUACACAAAUAGCUCACAAGGCUUUAUGUAGCAUAUCCGUCCCCUGGGAAAACAGUUUCUUGUGGAAGGGUGUGAAAAACUACAGAAACCAUAUAAAAUGCAUUUCUUUUAGUUUGAAUAACAAACAUUUUAAUAUUGAACACUCGUUGCAGGUGCCCUGGACUUACCCUUUCACCAAUAUUUGUGGCCUAACAGGUGCUUUCUAUACUCCUUUUCUACUAAAUGGAAUUAGGGUCCCACUUCCAGUUUCAAGAGAACACAAGUUAAAGUGGCUGCAGGCCUACAUAUGGCUGCUGCUGGGACAAUAGAACAAAGCAUCAGUCUCUCCUAGUUCAGCCUACUACCACAUUUUGCUUUCCAGUCUUUCACCUGCACUCCCCUCUCACCUUUUUUCCUCUGCUACUUUCCUUAACUCUGUAAUUUUUAUGAAACUGAAUUUGUGAGGCCCAGAGACACUCCCAAGUAGCUUUUUAAUAGACCUUGGUUUACAGAUGCUCAGCCAUUGAGUGCUGCAGCAGGAUGGAAAGGAAGCUGCAGCUUCCUUCAGAAAUGAUGCUGCCAGAAGAUAGGUCAGCAUCCCAAGUCUGUAUGGUUUCAAGAAAAUCCUGUGCUCAGUAUUUUACAUGGAGGCAGAAGGGGGGAAAAAAAAUCUUCCUUCCAUGUAACAUUUUUUAGUUUGUUUAAUGACCAUAGAUUUUCUCUUUGCAUCAUGUGAAUGCAGUCACAUUGGGAGUUUGAUGCAUGGUUCUGUAUAUCCCAGAUAACCACUCCCAGUUCUGAAACUGAAGUUAGCUUUGGACACCUCUAUCAUGAUUUUAUAAGUAAAUACCUCCUAGGUUUUAACUGCAAGGGCAGUAGAAACCUUUGGUGCGGCCCCAGUUUCUUAGAAGAGCUAUCUUUUUGUAUUAAUGUUAAUUUUUCAUUGUCAUUAUUCAGGUAAGAGCAGGGAAGUAGAUUUUUAAUGAUGGUUUUGCAAAGUUGUUUCAGGGUUAUCAGCUAUUCUUACAUACACAUGUGAACUGGCAGUGAUAUCAGUGGAAAUGGCACAAGUGCAUAUCUGAGAGUAGAGCUGGGUCCAUAACAUACCCUUUUCCUGUUGUUCUUUCUCAGCCCAGAUUAUGUUGCUCCAUUUUGUAGAGAUCCAUGUUACAAGCAGCUUAAUCCAUAGAGUGAAAUUCUGAGCUGCCUUCCCAAAUGGGACAGCAGUCACCUUUACCCCAUUACCUGGAAUACUGGUUUGUUCCUGAGACUGUCAUUAUAUGAUUUCUCCCUACAGCCACCAAUGGGGUGAUUUGUGCUCUGUACACUCCUUGCCUUACAUAUGCCAUCUCCUAGCUUGCCCAUAGUCUCAGGUUAGUGCAGCAGGCUUUAUACAUCAUUCCGACACUGGGCAAAUUCUCUCCCACGUGUGCUGCUGAAGCAGCGUAAAGGAAUUACACUGGGAGAUUAAAUUUAUUCUUUAUCUUCGGAGCUCCAUCCAAGGAAGAUUUGCAGAUUGGUCUUUUUACUGAGUGGAAGGAAUAAUUUUAGUUUUUGAAAUAGAAUGAUAGCUUCUGGAGUUGUUGGGCUGUUAGUGACCAGUUUUUGGAAGAAAUGCUUUCUUUUUUAGCUGUCUCCAUUUCUCAGGUGAUAAAUUUCAGAGACGCCAUUCUUCCUUUAGCCUACCUUCACUUCAGAUGUGGUUGGGCUGCUUCUGAACUUUGACUUGAUGUUGUUAACUCAUUUCAAGACCUUCAGUUGCAUUUAAAGGCAGGGGCUGGGGGGAGCACUGAAGCAGGCUUGGAGGAGAAGCUGGUUUUAAUGGAGUAAGAGGCCUAUGCUCCAUUUCCCCUCUGUGAAGUGCUGCUUUCCAAAAAGGAGCUACUCAGAAUUCCCAAUUUCAGUUAAAAAAAAAAAAAAAGAGAAUGGGCUUAAUAUUAAAGUACAAAUUGUUAAAAUUUAGAUUUCAUGAGGUUGGGAGAUAAGAUUAUGGAGUUGAAAGUUAACCUACCAAAACCAAAAAAUUUAGAAAAGAAAUUAUUAGUGAAAUUUGCUUAGUUUUUCGUGCCCCUUCCUCUUAUCCUGUGACUUUUUCAUGGCGGUAAGAUGCAUUUCAAAAAAAAAAACUCCUCCGCCAAUGAAAUGCAUUGCAUUCAUGCAAGUAGUGCUAUGAUGCUAGAAAAAAAGCUCGUGUAAAACUUACAGCCUCAAAAGGACACUGUCAAGUACUUUUUAUAUUUUUAUACUUCCCAUUGUUUGUAAAUAUCCUCUGAUAAGCUUGAAAAUAAAAUUUAUUUCCCUA